CACUUAUAAACACUGACUGCUAGUCUACUUACUGUUUGGAUUUAUUGUUUUUUACAUUUUAGUUUACCUACACAACAGAUCAGGAAGUCAGGAAAUAAUGAAUAGAACUACUCAACUUGAUCUAUUAAAUUUAAUUAAAUCUAUAUAUUAAUAAUAUUAUAAAUAAACUAGACUAGUUAAUAAAUUUACUGUUACGUUUUCUGAUUUUAAACUAGUCUAUAUUUUCAAUUUCGAUUUUGUGUGAAAUUCAUUUUUAACGACAUUUAAUAGAUCUAGAUCUAGAUUUAUCCAUAUUGAUAUUCUGAAAUAUUCAUGAUAUUGGCUCGAAUAUUGAAAUUAUAUUCAGUCUCGUAACUUCACUUGCAUUAGUAACAUCAUUAGUUGCAUGUCUUCGAAGUUCAAUUCACCACAUUCAUUGACUUGGACUUGAGACAUUCAACAUUGAUGAUUGUCAAUCACUGAAUGACUGUUCUGAUCAGAGUUGAUAGAUACGAAAAUUCUGCCUUGUUGAAGGGCCUCAGCCUUUGUUGUUGGUAAAACCAUGACACAAAAGUCUGCCUUGUUUUUGUUUUCAAUUCUUGUUUGCCUAGUUUGCUUAAUAUUUAAUGGAAAUUAUGUUUCAGCACAGCCUCAGAAAAUCUACGUCCAGUUUUUAAAGGCAGAUGAUUACUCUGCACCCGUAGGUUACAGCAAAAGUCUUAAUUGUUAUGUGCAUGGAGAGUUAAGUUAUUUGCAGACUGUAAGAGCGCAGAUAGUGAAAGUGAAUAAAGCCGGCGAUGAUGUUAUACUCUCUGAAGCAAAGAACUCCAACUUUCCAUCACUUUACAGAGUAGACUUAUAUAAACUGUAUAGUUUUCCACCAUAUAAACUGCACAUUACAUUCACUAUACUUUCUGUUCAAACAGGGGAUGAUGCAGAUUUCAUUUGUCGGGUUGUUGAUUUGAAUGGAGAUGUUAUUGAGGAUACAGUCAAAUUGGUUGUCUUUAAAAGACCAAGUGAGAUAUUUUGCAUCAAAAAGAAUAUCUUCAAUGAAGUUGAAAUCACUUGCCAAUCAAGUGUUUACCCCAAAGGCCACUGUGAUGUGGUGCAAGCAAAUCAUCCAGACAGUAUAAGCUCCAAUGUCAUGUACAAUCAGUACCAGGAAGCCAACGGAAUUUACACCACCAGCUGCACUGUUCAAAUUUCCCGCUUUGGAAGCAAUGUGUAUGUUGUUAUCUACCCUGACAUGAAGGAAGGGAAGAACUUUACGGCAUAUUCAGAAAUCAUAUCACGGGCAUCCAGUGUAGCGUAUGUUACCUUCACAGCCAACAAGAAUUAUGGAGAUGUUACAGUGGACAGCGGGGAUGAUGUGGAUUUCAAGUGUAAAGUGAGAGGCAGUGGGGUCGUACCCUACGGCUCUGUUUAUUUUUUUAAACAAAGCCUGAGUGGCGACUUGAUGAAACUGCUUGUCAAAAACACCGCUGCCAAAGAGCUUGAAUACGAGAUAGAUGAGAUGACUUGUGAACAUGAGGGCUACUACUAUUGCCAGUAUGGCUAUGAUUCUGACUCUCAAGAGAAAAUCCGUGUUAGGGUGAAAACAUGUUCAGCUUCCAGUGAUUCAGAUUUUGAAAAUAAAUACCUUCAGCGAAAUUUAAUCAUCAUCUGUGUCUUAGUCUCUGCUGGUGGAUUAGCAUUCAUCGUUGGCAUUAUUGUCUGCAUUUUCUGCUGUGUGAGACACCACAGGCGACAGAGGCAGCCAAGGUCAGGAAACAACGGAUUCAUUUUGUCUGUCCCAACUGCUCCGUACCCAGAGGAGCACGUUUAUAUGCAGGUCACCGAGCAGGAGGCACGUUUCCAGAUAAGCCCCCCACCCUACUCAGUGGUGUGUGGCAAAGACUCCGUGCCUGACGAGAUGCCGCCACCCUACCCAGGUCUCAUUACAAAGAGUGGUCCUGAAACGGAAGAACAUCAUGGCCUAGGUCCAGAGGUUGAAGUUCCACCACAAUAUACAAGGAAAUAGAAUUUACAACAUCCUACAUUCCUGUUCCAGUUCAUGACAUUCUGUUUACAAAGUUUGUUGAUUUGUUUCAUUGCUUUGUUAUGGUGUAAAUAUCUCCACUUUGUACAUAUUCUACACACAGUCACCACACUUUGCGAGGAUGUGUGCACACAUACACUCACACACACCACAUGUACUGCACUUUGAGAUGACGUGUACACACACACAUGCAACACUAGUGGAAUUUGUGAGGAGCACUUAACAUUUCUAAGUCUAAAUGUUGAUUCCACUAGCUAAUUUGUAGUUACAUGAAUUAAAUACAGGUGAUUAGAUCCAUUUAAAUGUGUUCAUUUGAGUGUGCCUUACACAAUACAGUGGUUUUUUUAGCCUUCAGAGACUUACAGUCUAAGUAAACAUUUGUGAAUCCUCACUUCUGACUGCUGUUUGAAAGGUAGUCAAGGCUGUACAUGUUAAAGAACCUAAAGACACCCUAGAUAAAAUACCCAUGUUCUUCAAAAUCAUUCCCAUGAGUACUCAUCUUUUGGCUCGUGUGUGUUUUUGUGCAAAAUGUUUUUUUUUUCUUUUUCAAAUGUUCAUUUUCUUAUAAAAAAUGUUUAAAUAUGUUAAGGAUGGUUUAUUGGGUUUUCUAUACAAGAUGUUUAAGUCUUUCUAUAGGUUGUUUUCAUCACAAGAUGUUUAAGUCUUUCUAUAGGUUUAUUCUAAACAAGAUGUUUAAGUCACUAUAGGUUUACUCUACAUGAGAUGUUUAAGUCUCUAUAGGUUCACUCUACACAAGAUAAGUCUCUAUAAGUUCACUCCACACAAGAUGUUUAAGUCUCUAUAGGUUCACUCUAUACAUGAUUUAUACACCAAUUCAAAGAUAUAUUUUAUACAUUUUGCAUACAUGGUUCAAAAAUGAAAUCUCAGUUUCUUGGAGUCAAUUAUUCUGUUAUUUUUUUCUAAUGAUUAAUGUAACAUUUUAAUUUGUGUACCUGUUCAUGGUUAAGUUGCAAUGUAAAAAAAAAAAUUUUAAUCACAAAAAAGUAUGUGACCCCAAAUGGCCUUAUCUUUAAAGUUUUUUUGUUUUUUUUUUAAGUUUUAAAUUUUCAUAAGAGGAAUAAGUUAAAAGAGAGUCAAGUUUUGUGUUGUCUAUGUUUAGAAAGAUCAAAUCAGUAAGUAGAUUCCAGCCUUAUGAAACUAUCAAGCUACUAGUAAAUUAUGUAGAUUCCAGCCUUAUGAAACUAUGAAAUCAUGUGUUGUCAAUGAAGACUUUUGCAAAAAUGCUGGACCUUUGAAUGCUGUGUUCAAUAUAUUUACAUUUUGUGUGUGUCAAAACUCGUGCUUUUAGUAUAUCCUCUUAGUCCUUUGGUUGGCCAGUCAACAAUGUCUUCUCUAUUUCUAUUUACAAGUGUGACGAGAAGAAUAUUGCCAUUAUUAAGUUGUUGUUUUUUUAAUAGAUUUUUUGUUUUCAUUAAUAAUUUUAAAACCUUUUUUUUUUUUUUUAAAUUAUUUUGUGUGUCUUUCAAAAAACCUCAAUGAAUAUUUUAGACCACAAAUUGUCUUGUGUACAAAAGCAGUCCAGAGAGGAAUAGCAGAUUGUUUGCUAUGAUUUGAUUCAUAAUGGACAAAUAUUGUUUUUUUUUUUCUUUCUUUUUCAUUUAUUUUCUUCUAUAAUUAGUUAUGGUGAUUGAUGUAUUAUGUACAUUUCAAAAUUGAUUUAAAAAAAAAACAAAACAAGAGGACAGAAAUCAUUUAAUGAUAAUGGAAAGAUUUUUUUGUAAAUUAGGGGCUAUAACUCUCAUUCAAGUUAUCAAUCACAAUGGUUUUAUACAUUAAUAAAAUAAUGUAGCCUAUAGUUUUGGCUACACAUAUAAUAGUUUCAUUUCUUUUUGUUGCUUUUAUUGUCUAUCUUUUUACCCUGGUUGUGAUUAAAUGAAAAAAUAAAUUACAUAUCAACUCCAUCCUAGAAGUAUCAGGCUAAAGAUACCAUUUUUUAAUUUAUUAAUAAAAUAAAUAAUUUGGAAGAAAUUUUGAUAAAUAUACCUACACAUCCAAAUCGUUAUAUUUUGGCAUAUUUCUCAUACACUUUCUUGUAAGUUCAGUUUUAGCUCAUGAGGUCCUUAUAUACUAUCUUAGAGUUUUAUACCUGAGGUUCUUAUAUACUAUCUUAGAGUUUUAUACCUGAGGUUCUUAUAUACUGUCUUAGAGUUUUAUACCUGAGGUCCUUAUAUACUAUCUUAGAGUUUUAUACCUGAGGUCCUUAUAUCUAGUUGAGCUUUGGCUCUGAAAUCCUUAUAUACUAUCUAGUUGAGUUUUUUCUCUUAGGUCUUUAUAUACUAUCUAGCUCAGUGUUAACUUCAUUGUAUACAUUUAUUAUCUAUUUAUUAGCCUCUCCCAGCAGGAAGUAGUUUAAUAUACCUUAAAAAGCUACUAAGUCACCUUUUGAUUGUUCUCUCACAUAUAGUAAAGUAGGUGUUUGUCUUAGAUCAAUAGAUAUUUUUGGCUAUUAAUCUUUUUUAUUUCUCUAUUUCUGAAAUUAUUUAUAGGUAAAAAAAAAAAAUUAGUGGAAUUAGUUAGCUUUAGUUGUGUUUAUUAAAUAGAACAAAAAAAAAAAAGUACAACUUGUUUGAUUUCCUAUUUAUGGUUGAGAUUUGCUUUAACAUAAAAGUUGAAACUUUUAAUGGAGAAAAGUUAUUUUUUAUCUUUUUGUUUUGGUACUUUUUUUUUUUUUACUUAUGUCAACCUCAUUGGACUGCAUCUUUGUCUGCCCCUUUGUCUGCCCAGACUUCUUUGUUAAUGGUUAGGGCAUUGUAGAGAUGAUCAUCCUCUUCUUACUUGGAGGCCUUUCUUUUAGGCACUCCAUGGCUCUAAUUCUCAGAAUUCAGUCUAGUUACUUCCUGUGGCCUAUAAUCCUCUUACUUGGAGGCCUUUCUUUCAGGCACUCCAUGGCUAAUUCUCAGAAUUCAGUCGUUACUUCCUGUGGCCUAUAAUCAUAUUCCUUUGCCCUUUACACAAUAUAGGUGAGUGUUGAUGGCUGAAAUUUUUAUGACCAGCACACAAAAAACAAUCGCUGUUUUUUUUUUUGGGGGGUGGGGGGUGUUUGUUAAGUCUUCCCACAAAUCACAGAUAAACUCUGAACUCUACCAUGUGCUUAUCAUUUCAGUGAUCUUGACUUGUGUACAUAAAUGCUUAAAGAUAUAUUUCUGUACAUACAUCUGAUUGUUAACUAAAAAAAAAAAAGAGUGUACAUUGUCUAUUAUUGGAUAAUUUGUUUCUUUGCUUUUUUGUUACAUUUUAAUUUGAUCAAGAAGUUUCAUUUAAAAUUGUGCCUUUUGUUGUUGUUUUUUUGGCGCCCUUAUUAACUCUUUCUCUUCUAAUCGACGAUACCAUCGUUGAUUUUUUCCUCAGUAAAUUAAAUUAAUGUUUAAUUUUUUAAACUUGGCUUUGAAUUAUAUAAAAAGAGCAUGCAUUCCCCUUUAAUUCUAGACCAACUAAAACAUUUUCUGAAAACCAAUGACAAAGCUAUUGAAGCCCAAUCAUAACAGGGGUAGUGAAAUAGUAAUAAGCAAAUGAAGAAUUCCUUCAAAAUGUGGAAAAAUAAUUACGGAGAGAAAGAGUUAAGUUUGUAGUAAUCAGAAAAAUAUUCCAAGAUCUUUGUAUUUUCUGGCACAAGAUCAGUACAAUUUAAUGUUUCUGAAUGAAUUUUGAAAGAUUGUAAAUUUCUUUACAAAUAUUUGUAUAUUUUGUCCAUUCAUCUCUGAAUCAAAACAUACACCUCUUAACAUUUGGAACAUUCCUCUGUAAAGAUGUAAAAUUCAAAUUCUAAUUUAAUCUGAAGUACAAAAUAAAUUUUUAUAUUAAUAAUAUC